AUGACAAGAUUUCUCUUCCAGCAUCCAGGUGGAGAAGAGGUUUUGCUUGAACAAGCUGGUAGAGAUGCCACAGAAUGCUUCGAAGAUGUUGGGCAUUCCAUGGAUGCCAGGGAGAUGCUGAAGCAGUACUACAUUGGAGAGAUCCACCCGCACGAUCGUAAAAAAGAAGGCUCUAAGAAUCCAAGUAUGACAUCCUCAGGCCAAGCAAGUUUCUGGUCAACAUGGCUAAUCCCCAUCUUUGGAGCACUGGUCAUAGGUUUAAUGUAUCGUUAUUACAUGUUGGAUGGGAGAACCUCGUGAACUGACCAUGCGGGGACCUCAGAAAGCCCAAAAAAGAGGCUGUGAGAGAGAGCGCACGCCUGCACCACGUGGAGUUCUGCUUCCCUUCACCUUUUCUGCCUUGCUUUUAGCUUUGAGUCUGUCAAGUGAUGUUGAUAUCCAUGGGACCAAGCUAAUACCAAGCUCUCUGUCCUCCUAACCCUGGGACCCACGGACCUGUGGUGCUCUCCUCUGGCGGUGGCGGGGCACGUGCCGCUUCCCGGCAUUCUCUGCCGUCGGUGUGCGCCCCCCGCGCGUGCUCGUGUGCGCUCUCUCUCGCGCUCUCUCGCUCUCUGAAGUAAACCACAGACAACCUUUUUUUUUCUUUCAAUGCCUUUUUGUUAAGCCAGACAACGUGAAACGGCUGCUUAGUGAGCCUGUGGAUUUGCCUCAGUCCUCCACACUGCAUUGCCAGGAAUAAAUGGCAAGUUGUCUCCAGUCCUUUCCAGAAAAGACGUCCCGAGAUUCGGUUCGGCAGCAACUUUCCCAGUGCAUGCAGGCAACACUAAUUGGAGCAGCAAGAAAUUGUUAGCUUUGCUACCUCUUUCUGUACGUGUCUGUUUUUAACGGUUAAACAAAUAUAAGUAUUUUAAAAGUGAUUCAGUUCAUCUUGUAAUAUUUGUACUUGUCCCUUUAAAAUGUAUAUUCUGUGAAACCAUUUAUACCUGGAAUGGGGUUUGUUUGGGUGCUUUUGUGCUGUGUGGGGCAGUGCCAGAAAUGGGAACUGACACGUGGCUUCCUGGAAUGCAGAUUUUUCUUUCUCUGUGAGGUCUUGAUCUGACACAUGUAUUGGAAACAAAAAUCAUAUCUAUUGUGAAUGUGCACCAGAUGGGGGAGAACACCAAAUAAAUGCGAUCUGUCCUCCCUAAAUGAAAA